UCUGAUUCGAAUACUCGGAACCGGUUUCACUCGGGAUCUGUUCAACGGCAGACGCGCGCACAUAGAGCACACUGAGGGAAGGAGAUGGGGAGAGGCAGGAGCGAGUCUGCGGCCAGGUGUGCCUUGCUGACGGCUCUUGGGCUGUUGCUUUCCCACCCGGUGGCUUGCAGCUUGCAAGAGGAAGCGCAUCCCCCGAGCGACACCGAGCUUCAAGGCGAGUCUCACGGAGGUAACGAGACGAGCGGACACCAGCCUGGCUUUCGUAUCGUCUCCUUCCGAUGGGAACAUGUCCAAGCUCCUUACAUCAUAGCAGUGUGGAUUCUGGUGGCCAGUUUGGGGAAGAUAGCAGGUCUAUGGCUGACAUUGACUCCCUGGCCCUAGCUCCGGAGCACCUGGACAGUAAAGACAUCUACCUUG